UCCGCGGCCUUGAGCUAUGGGAUGGAGGCCCCCAGAGGGGAGUCACUUACCAGAGUGUGUAGGCCCUUCAUCCAGAGCUCAGGUCUUCUGACUCGUGGGAACAGUGGGACCUGCCCCAACCAGGUUCCCUCUCCUCCUUGUCUGCGUGGCCCACACGACCAGGAGUGGAGCCCCAGUUGGUCCAGCAUGAACUGGAAGGUGCUUGAACACUUCCCCCUGCUGCUGUAUAUCUUGGCAGCGAAAACACUAAUCCUCUGCCUGGCGUUUGCCGGAGUCAAAGUCUACCAGAGGAAACGAUUGGAAGCAAAGCAGCAAAAGAUAGAAGCUGAGAAGAGGAAGCAGGCGGAGAAGAAGGAGAGCUAAAGAGGAGUGAAAGCUUCAGGCCUGCGGAGGUCAGACGCCACCGUCACAAGCCGAGAAGAGAAGCUCAAGAGCAGUGAUGGGAGGAAGAAGGCCGCCCCACUUUCCCACCGCAGUUCUCCUGCCCCUGCAGCCUGAGCUGGAGCCGGGGGAGCCCCAACCUGAGAGCGAGCUCAGAAUUUUGAUUAUGACAUGAGACUGCACAUCGUAAUUACUGAAUCAAGACUGUUUCCCCAACCUGAAUACAGGGCAGGGAAAUCAAGCCCCACCCUGCAUUAGAGCUCACAGAGAAGAAUUAAAGAAGAAAAUAGGACAAAUUUUUAAAAAAUGAAAAAACAUUAACAACAAAAAAGCAUGAUCUAAAACCAGAUAAUAAACCAAGACUAAAUAUAUUUGUCCUAUCUAUAUAUUGCACAUAGAAAAAAAAGAAUCAACACAAACAAUAGCUAAUUAUAUUCCUAUUCAGAGAUACAAAAGGGCUUUGUUUUUAUUUUUUAUUUUUGGCAAACAAUUGGCACUUGCUACAUGCUAGGCAUGUUUGCAGCCAGCUUCCAGUUAUUAACUAAUCUAAAUCACUUAAUUAUAUCAAAAGACAAAGAAUGGGCAUACACACACACAAAAAAUGUAAAGGCAGAAAUAUCCCUGUUCAUAUCAUUUGUAUUGAAUACAAUGCACACAAUUGUGUAAAUUUACUAAUAAGUGUUGGUGAGGAUGUGGAGAAAAGGAAACCUUUGUGAACUGUUGAUGGGAAUUAAUUUGGUG